AUGUCUACUAUUGAACGAAUUGCGAUCAACUAUUCCAACUAUACGUUUAUUAUUUGUGGUGACUUUAACCUUCCUGGAAUUUCUUGGUCAAAUGAUGUUAAUGGCCUCGUAUAUUCAUCUACACUUGGUAAUAAAAUUGAUUGCGUCCCAGAAACUUUUGCAGCUCUUAACUUCUUUCAAUGCCAGCCAGUCUGUGAUCCGGUAGUUCCCGAGGAUCCUUACCAUCCAGCGUUAUGUAUAGAUUACCAUGCUAUUAUUAAGUUGCCAGUCUUCAAUUCUUCUCACUCUUAUCAUAACUUCAUUAAGGCUGAUUAUUUUCAUAUAUCUCAAUUUUUACUUUCUUUUAACUGGAAAACCACUUUUUCAUUCCUAGACGUAAACUCCGCCGUGUACACCUUUUAUGAUGCCAUACACUAUUCUCUUCUUAACUAUGUACCUAUAGUCAAUUUCAAUACUUCUAACUUCCCGUCAUGGUUCUCAAAAGAUUUAAUUGACUUAGUCUUUCAAAAAAGAAAAGCUCAUGCUUCCUUCAAGGCAACAAAAAAACCUGACGACUACGAUAAAUUUUCUCUUCUUCGUUCAAAGUAUAAAUUCUUAUCUAGAAUUUGCUAUAAACAGUACAUUAAAUAUGCAGAAAAUAAUAUUUGUUCCGAUCCGAAAGAAUUUUGGAAUUUUGUUAGGAAAAAUAAAUCCAGUCAUAAUCUUCCUAAAUCUGUUAGCCUAAAUCGUGUCUUUAGUAAUAACGAUAAGGAUGUAGCCGAUCUAUUUUCGAAGCUUUUUGAUUCUGUGUAUACUCUUCCUAACGUUACCAACAAUUCUUAUACAUCUCCUCACUUACCUUUUGAUCUUCCUAGCAAUUGUAAUUUUAAUGUCAACAAUGUUGAAGCUGGUUUAGCUAAAUUACGUGGUGUUAAAUCAGUAGGACCUGAUGGCUUGUUUGGUGAUUUCUUGUUUACUCUAAAAUCGGUCCUUUGUUAUCCAUUAUGGCUGUUAUUUCGCAAAUCGCUCGACUCCGGAGUUUUUCCAGAAUAUCUUAAACUAAACGCUGUAAUACCUAUCUUUAAAAAUGGCGAUACAUCUGACGUUGUUAAUUAUAGACCAAUUGCAAUUUUAAGUCAUAUAGGAAAAUUAUUUGAGUCAUUAGUGUUUAAUAGUAUUCAAAGAGCUACUAAUGCAACUUUAAUCGACGAACAGCAUGGUUUUCGCCCUGGCCGUUCCGCAGUUACCUGCAAUCUUGUAUUUUCUAAUUAUAUAUUCAGUGCCUUAAAUAUGAAUUCUCAAGUCGAUGUAGUUUACACUGAUUUUGCUAAAGCGUUCGAUAGGGUUGACCAUUCAAUUUUGGGGAAAGUACUCGAGAACUCAGGAUUUGGUGAGCCUUUAUUGUCUUGGUUCAACUCAUAUCUUAGUAACCGAAAGCAAUUUGUCAAGGUAUUUGGGAUAAAAUCUGAUAUAACUAAUGUACCAUCAGGUGUACCUCAGGGAGGUCAUUUGUCACCUAUGCUAUUUGCGUUAUUCAUUAAUAAUAUAAAACACGUUAUUCAUAACAGCAAAUUUCUUCUGUUUGCCGACGAUCUGAAACUAUUUUUAAAGAUAGAUUCGAUUAACGAUUGUCUGCUUCUACAAGAAGAUCUUAAUGCAGUAGUUAACUGGGCUACUAACAUGGGCCUUGAGUUUAAUGUCGUCAAAUGUCACUCGAUGUCAUUCUAUAGGACACGCACUCCUAUCACAUUCACCUACUUUAUGAACGAUUUUCCUCUGAUACAUUCAGAUAAUACUGUCACAGAUUUAGGAAUUGUAUUUGAUCGUGAGUUAAAUUUUCAUUCGCACAUAGAAAAUUCCUGCUGUAAAGCUCUAAAAAUUCUUGGGUUUCUUAGACGUAUAUGUAGUGAAUUCAAGUUAAUGACUCCUUUAAAAUUAUUGUACUGUGCAUAUGUUAGGUCAGUGUUAGAGUAUGGCGCUGUCAUAUGGGAUCCACACACGCUUGGCCUGAGUUCUUUAGCUGACAGGAGAACAUUGGCCAAUUUGAGAUUUUUAUCAAAAUUAUUAGAUGGCUUAAUUGAUGCUCCAGAGAUUCUUUCACUGAUCAACUUUAAAAUUCCCUCAUUUAAUGCCCGCCAAACAUACCCUUUUUUUGUGCCUAGGUGUACCACUAACUAUGCGAGUAAUCAACCAAUUAUUAGAAUGAUGGAUAUUGCUAAUAAGGACCCAUCACACUUAUUAAGGAAAACUAACAAGGCGUGGGUGAGGGAUGGAUUUUCUCACUGGAAAAAUGGAUGUAUAAGUAUUAUAUCGCAUGAAACAUCUAUUCCUCAUGUUAUUGCAUCAAUGAAGUUAAAAAUCAGAGAAUCCGUUUUACCUUUAUUGCCAUCAUUUGACCAACAUAGAAAAUCAAAUGACAACAUUCUUUUGUUCCGAGGCCAUAGAGAACAUUGGAAAGAUCAUCUAAGAGGAAACUUUAAAGAUUUAGUUUUAUUACUAUCUGAACACUCUCUUAUUUUAUUAUCUCAUGUUACUAGCCUCAAAACUAAAGGUCGUAAAGAAGAUUCAUUUAUCUCAUGGGAUCGUCAAAAUCUCUUAAUUGAGUCAGUUUCUAAAAACAUAGCAGAAAAAAUAGUAACUGAUAUAAAAGCGUCUCCAAUAUUUAGUAUUUUUAUUGAUUCAACAUUUGAUGUUUCGCAUAAGGAACAAGUAUCAUUCAUAUUAAGAUAUGUCGAUGAGACAGAUGGUAAAGUGAUGGAGACAUUAAUAGCUUUAAAAGAAUCUCCUCAUACAACUGGAGCUGUUUUGGCAGAAUAUACCUAA